AUGUUUGAAAUUCCUGACAACGGAGAUGGUGGUCCUCCAGUUGACGAAGACAACGAAGAUCAGGAGAUACAGUGUCGGGAUGAGCCAUUCGAAGAGGCUGCUUUAGAAGAUGGAAACCACUAUCAUAGCGAAGACAAGAAAGACUUUGAUGCACCUGUUGAGUUCGAACCGCGCUUGCGACUGCCCGUUGGAUCUAAUGGCUUUGAUGAUGUUAACACAACCUGUUUGUUUUCCGAUGGGAGUGUUCAAAGACUUGAACGCUCAACUGACAACUCACGAAGUGAAGAUUAUGAACGCGCUUGA